UGCAAGCAAUAACAAAGUUGGUAAUCUAAAAAAAAUCCAACUCCUUUUGACUCUUUCAUCUCCUUCCUCUGACUUCAUUCCCUUCUCCAUCCCUAAUCAAAUCAGAUUCACAUUCCUCUCGUCUCCAUGGCACCUGGGGAACCAUUACAGAUCUACUCCAGAACAAACAACAAUAACAACAACAACGUUGUUCACCCAGUUUCACUACCACUUCACUAUGAUGAUGGUAGUAUAAGGGAAGUGAAGCAUUAUAAAAAAUGGUUUCCUUGGUUGAUACCGUUUUUUGUUGUUGCAAACGUCAUCGUUUUUGUUAUCACUAUGUAUGUUAACAAUUGCCCUCAUAACUCUGUUUCCUGUGUCGCUCGUUCUCUCCGUCGUUUCUCAUUUCAGCCUCUCAAAGAAAAUCCACUCCUUGGUCCUUCUUCAUUGACGCUACAGAAGAUGGGGGCUCUUGAUGUGAACAGAGUGGUUCACAGGCAUCAGGGUUGGCGUCUCAUCACGUGUAUGUGGCUACAUGGCGGAGUUUUUCAUCUAUUAGCAAAUAUGUUGGGUAUUCUUUUCAUUGGAAUUCGGCUUGAGCAAGAAUUUGGGUUUGUGCUUAUUGGACUGCUAUAUGUCAUAUCUGGAUUUGGAGGCAGUUUGCUUUCUGCUCUUUUCAUACAGUCAAACAUUUCUGUUGGUGCUUCUGGCGCACUCUUCGGGUUGCUAGGAGGCAUGCUAUCAGAACUCAUCACUAAUUGGUCUAUGUAUGACAAUAAGUUUCCAGCACUUUUGACUCUUGUGAUCAUCAUUGGUGUCAAUCUCGCAAUCGGGAUUCUCCCACAUGUGGACAACUUUGCUCAUAUUGGAGGCUUUCUUACAGGAUUUCUUCUCGGAUUUGUGUUUUUGAUACGUCCUCAGUUUGGAUGGAUUAACCAACGAUACGCUCGCGUAGAGUAUUCUCCAACACGAGCUAAGCCUAAGUUCAAGAAAUAUCAGUGCAUAUUAUGGUUCCUCUCCUUGAUCAUUCUAAUUGUUGGGCUUUCUGUUGGACUUGUUGCCCUGCUCCGGGGUGUUGAUGUAAAUGAUCACUGCUCUUGGUGCCAUUAUCUGUCUUGUGUUCCAACUUCAAAAUGGAGCUGCAAUACAGAGGCAGCAUAUUGUUUGUCAAACCAGCUAGGCAACCAGCUGAAUGUAACAUGCUCAAGCAAUGGUAAAUCAAGUACAUACUUAAUGCAAGAUCCAACUAGUUCCCAGAUCCAGCAAUUGUGUACUCAGCUCUGUAAUUGAUUUUUGACCAAAAGGGAUCACUGUUGGAAAGAGAUUAUCAGUUGUUGAUAUUAGGGUUUCAGGCUCUCAUGAAACAAACACUAUAGUGCUAUUAUGUAGCUUAUACUUUUUCCUUUAAACAGAUUAUUUUGUGUAUAUAAUAAUAAUACUUGGUUGAUGCCUAUUUUGUGCCAAGAUCAAAAUUAUACGUACAAGUCCAACAA